AGUCUCCCAAUUGAUUCUAUUCAAAACAAAUUAACCCUCUUCCAUUUCUGUGGGAGUGGAAAUAUACACAACGUAAGGUAUGAACACAAAAUCUUCAAAGUAUACUGUGAGGCUGGAGAUCACUGUGGCUACAUCUGUGCUGUGAAGAUUCAGCCAUUUGCUUGUAUCGCGUUUUCUGAAGACCCGGACUCGUGGCUAGUGGAAGGCAGCACCGUCAGGAGACUGAGAGCGGAUGAGUGGGCUGCGUGGAUGACCGCUGCUGAUCCAGAUCUUUCAAAGUUUUCCAAGACCUUUAGGCUAGAGCUCAGUCUGACAGAAGGGCCACCUCUUGCCAAGCCAGUUUAUUCACACCAGGGCCUUGACAACGUUGAUGAUCUUUGUAAGCAACUGUUUCCAGGUUUCCUAAACAAGGUUGGGAACAGCUGGUCCUGCGCUGGCAUUUUUAGCAAAGGGACUGAGACCUGGGAUAGGAGAUGAGGAUUGAGCUCCCUGAGGAAGUAGUCUUUGCAAAAGAAUCUGAAAACACAUGGAGUGGUUAAGGAAAAUUUUGAAGAAGCAAAAAAGGUAUUUCAGGCAGCUAUGGCCUGUAUUUGUAGCCUUUCACCAAUAUUAAUUCCCACAGAAUCAUUUCAGAGGGCUGGA